CUGAUUUUAGGUUUUAAUGUCAAUUUUUUACGGUACUUUUGCAAAUAGAUCAUGAAAAGAACUCGACAUGAGCACAUACAUGCGACAUUGAAUCAAUAUUUAAAGAGAAGAGCCUACACGGAUGGUGAAGUGUCCCAGAAGAGGGAAUGUAAACACUGUAAGUCUCUGGAACUGCUGGCAGUGGACAACCUGGUGAAGGCAGAAUCUGGCAUGGAUGAUAUCCUGAGUUACAGCAGUAUAUCCGGAGACGCUACAGCAUACGAUCAGCAGUUUCACAGGUUAAAGCAUUUUAUAAAGGAUGCUGUGGAGCCCCAUAGGACAGAGUUGAAGGAGGUUCUGUACCCAAUGUUUGUGCAUGUUUACCUGGAACUUCUGUGUAAUGGACACAAGAUGCCAGCUCACAAGUUUUACGCCCGCCACAGUGGCCUUGCAGCAGACGAGGAGGAAAGGCGGCCGUUCAUGGAAGCGCUGAUCAAGCUGGGAGGGCAGUCUGACAUCGCGCAGCAUCGAGAGGCAUCAGAGUUCAGGGAUCACAAAUACAACCUCUGUCUGACUGGAGACAGCUUACAGUAUCUCAUGAGGCAUCUGAAGGUUGAUGAUAACAUGAUAAUGUUACAGAUUUUCAAUCAACACUUCAAAGUCAUACUUCACACAGACAACAAACCGAAUCUGGAGCUUCUGACUGAUCAAAACGGGAACAAAUCACACUCCUCAUCAUUGUCACCGUCACCACCCAAGAAACACACGAGGGAUGAAGUGUCCCUGAACUUGCUACAAGAGUGUAUCAAACGGGUCAGAGACGGACCCCCUUGUCUGCCCUCUAUCUGCUUCUAUACCUUCCUCAAUGCUUACCAAGGACUUAUCUGUAGUGUCAUAUCUCCUGACAACACCGUGAUAUCAGGGGGAUUUGAAGACUCCAGUAUUAAACUGUGGAGCCUCGCUCCAAAGAAGUUGUCGACAGCGCCUUCUACCUGCAAUCCCAGUCAUGUGUUGUUGGGGUCACAGUACGAAGACGAGAGCGAAGAUGAAAUAACGAGAGUGACGAUGCGAGAGCAGGAAACAGUGUGUUUGCGAGGUCAUUGCGGGUCGGUGUUCAAAACCUGCUUCAGCCACGACACCAAAUAUCUUCUGUCCUGUUCAGAAGACACAACAGUUCGGCUGUGGGACUUGAACACACAUACGAAUGUGGUGUGUUACCGUGGACACGCUUAUCCUGUCUGGGAUAUAGAUGUCAGCCCAGUGGGAGGCAACUUUGUGAGCUGUUCUCAUGACCACACAGCCAAACUGUGGAGCACAGACCGCCUGUUUCCACUACGAAGCUAUAUCGGUCACUCGUAUGAUGUAGAUUGUAUUCAGUUUCACCCCAACUCAAACUAUGUGGCGACGGGUUCUAGUGACAAGACGGUGAGGUUGUGGAGUGCCCAGGAGGGAAAAUCUGUGCGGCUAUUACAGGGACAUCGUAGCGGAGUCCUGUCCGUGGCUUUCUCACCGAAUGGCAAAUAUUUAGCUUCAGCAGGAGAAGACCGACGUAUCCGAGUGUGGGAUCUAGGUAGUGGUCAGCUAUACAAGGAGUUCAAAGGUCAUACUGAUACUGUCUACGCUCUCAGCUUUAACAGAGACGGAUCAUUACUAGCCUCGGGAGGACUAGACUGCUGUAUACGAAUCUGGGACACUAGGAAAGGGAGUAACACUUGCCAUGGAAACACAGCAUUAACUGAUGGUCAUACAUCCUCUGAGUUGCUGGGUGCAUUUCCCACUAAAUCUGCAACCGUGAAUUUCCUUCGUUACGCGGACUGCAACUUGUUGCAGGCAGCUGGGCCUAUCUGAGGAAUAUGCAGAUGACAGAUCCUUAGUCUGGAUUGAUACCAAAGAUAGCCUAAGCAGUUACUGGCUUAUUUGGCUGAACCCCGCUUAAACCAUGGACAAUUGGGGUCAUGGGUUCGAUUCCAGCUGGGGUUGACUUCAGGAGAUAUGCCUUGUCAAUCCACUGGGCCAAGGUUGAUUGUUUGCCCCAGGUUCUGCUCCAUACCUCCGCCCCUAGACCUGACUGGUGCCGUGUACUAGUAAUGAAAAGUUGCAGAAUGCAACAUUCAAUACCAGUCGUAAAUACAUCAAAAAUAUGACAACAGGGUCAUGGUAUUAAAGGGU